UAUAACAUAACAGUUGGUUCGAACAGGAAGGAAGUCGACAAGAUGAACAGAGAGCGGAACACGUCAGAACGUCCAGAAGAUGCCGAGUCUGUCCGGGUCAGCCACGUAGAGAGACCACCUUCCUCGUCCAUUGCUUCUGCAAGCCACGCCUCCUCUAGCAGCUCAGACAGCAGCAGCGAGGAUGAGGAGGACGCCGAAGGGAAGACGAUGAGGAGCAGCAUGGCUCCGAUCAGAAAAUCCAGGUCAAAAGGACGAGAUGCAUCGAAAUCCACAUCCGGAGAGCGAGACGGAUCUCGAUCGAGAGGCACAUCCAGCUCCUCUGGGACUGACAGGCCAUGUUCCAAAUCAAGAAAACAAGAUGAGUCCAGAUCCAGGUUCAGUAAACAAAUAGAGUCCAGCCCACUUUCCAGGGAGAGAAACAGGUCCAGAUCUGGGAGACGGGAUGAGUCCAAAGACCGGGAGCGCCAUGACAAAGGACACUCAUCUCGGGGUGGCUGUGGUGAUCAGCGUGGCACCAGGGACGGGCGCACCGACCGGAAGCCUAAUUCUGACUCUGAGUCAGCGUACAAGAGGCGGGGUCGCGCUGACUCCACCCCCACUGACAGGGAGCCGGCAGCAGCUGCAGAACCGCCGGUGAAGCGAAAGAAGGAGGAGCUUGAUCCAAUCCUGACAAGGACAGGCGGAGCUUAUAUCCCCCCUGCCAAACUCCGCAUGAUGCAGCAGCAAAUCACCGACAAGAGCAGCCUGGCCUACCAGAGGAUGAGCUGGGAGGCUCUGAAGAAGUCCAUCAAUGGUCUGAUCAACAAAGUCAAUGUGUCCAACAUCGUCAACAUCAUCCAGGAGCUGCUGCAGGAGAACAUCGUCAGGGGGAGGGGUCUGCUGGCUCGGUCAGUGCUGCAGGCUCAGGCAGCAUCUCCGAUAUUCACUCAUGUUUACGCUGCUGUCGUCGCCAUCAUCAACUCCAAGUUUCCAGAGAUUGGAGAGCUGAUCCUGAAGCGCCUCAUCUUGACCUUCAGGAGAAGCUACCGCCGCAACCUCAAGCAACAGUGUUUGACAGCAUCUAAGUUCGUGGCUCACCUGAUGAAUCAGAACGUGGCCCACGAAGUGUUGUGUCUGGAGAUGCUCACACUGCUGCUGGAGCGUCCGACCGAUGACAGUGUGGAGGUGACCAUCUCCUUCCUGAAGGAGUGCGGACUCAAACUCACCGAGGUGUCCCCUCGCGGAAUCAACGCCAUAUUUGAACGUCUCAGGAACGUCCUCCACGAGUCCACUAUCGACAAGCGUGUGCAGUACAUGAUUGAGGUGAUGUUUGCCAUUAGGAAAGACCGCUUCAAAGAUCACCCAGUGAUCCCGGACGGUCUGGACCUGGUGGACGAGGAGGACCAGUUCACCCACAUGCUGCCGCUGGAUGAUGAGUACAACCCAGAGGACGUCCUCAAUGUGUUUAAGAUGGACCCAAACUUCGUGGACAACGAGGAAAAAUACAAAACGCUGAAACGAGAGAUCUUGGACGAAGGCAGCAGUGAUUCAGGGGAGGAGGGAGGCGGCAGUGACGACGACGAUGAGGAGGAGGAGGAGGAUGGAAACGAGGAUGCAGAAGGUGAGACGGUCACUGUGUUCGAUAAGACUGAGGUCAACCUGGUGGCUUUUAGGAGGACCAUCUACCUGGCCAUCCAGUCCAGUUUAGACUUUGAGGAGUGCGCUCAUAAAUUGAUCAAGAUGGACUUUCCUGAGAGUCAGACGAAGGAACUGUGUAACAUGAUUCUGGACUGCUGUGCCCAGCAGAGGACCUAUGAGAAGUUCUUUGGUCUGCUGGCCGGGAGGUUCUGCUUGCUGAAGAAGGACUACAUGGAGAGCUUUGAAGCUAUUUUCUCGGAGCAGUAUGACACCAUUCAUCGACUUGAGACCAACAAGCUGAGAAACGUGGCUCGGCUCUUCGCUCACCUGCUCUACACAGACUCUGUUCCCUGGAGUGUUUUGGAGUCUAUCAGAAUGAGUGAGGAGACAACAACUUCAUCCAGCAGGAUCUUUGUUAAGAUCCUGUUCCAGGAGCUCUGUGCCUACAUGGGUCUACCCAAACUCAAUCAGCGACUCAAAGACACGACUCUGCAGCCGUUCUUUGAAGGUCUGUUUCCUCGAGAUAAUCCCAGAAACACUCGCUUCGCAAUCAACUUCUUCACUUCGAUUGGACUGGGAGGACUGACGGACGAGUUACGGGAACACCUGAAAAAUGCUCCCAAAAUGAUCAUGACCCAGAAUCAGGAUGUGGACUCCUCUGACUCCUCCUCCACCUCGUCCAGCUCCUCCUCCGACUCCUCCAGCGAUUCAGAAUCAUCCAGCCAAUCAGAUUCCUCCUCCAGCAGCAGCAGCUCAGAUUCUGACAACAAACACAAGAAGAGAAAAGAACAAAGUAUGAAGAAGACAAAGACAAAACCCUCCAGCAAGAUGAAACUCGGGCACGGGGACGACCACGAAACGCAGGCGAGGAAGGACAGAAAGAGGUCCGCCCGGGAGGACGGGGCCCGCGGUGCCCGGGGGGGCAAAAAAGGAGGGGAGGAGAGAUGGGAUGAUGGAGACAGACACAGAUUUGGAGAGAGAGAGAGAGAUAAAGAGAACAGACACAGAAAUGAAGAGGAGAGGAGGAGCAGGAGGAGGAGGUAGAGCGUCUUCAUCCCUCAUCCAGCAGGAUGAGCGAGUGAACGUCACAUCACUUUUUAUUACUGUGAUGAUGAUUUAAAAAAGGUGUUUUUUAUGUUUUCAUCAUUUCUGUUGAAUGACUUUUUAAUAAAAGUGCAGCUUCUUCUCUAA